AGAAAUACGGAUUGUAACAGCUACGAAUGUGGAGCUCAGGAGAUUGGAUGCAGUGUUGUGGCCAAGUCCCAGAUCCCAGGAAGCUCCCUUCUCUCCAGCGCAGCACUGAAGUAGGCACCACGGAGUGUCCCGGGAUGGCAGUGGGCUGGCAUGGUCGUUCGCGUUCCGAGGUCAACAAGCGCUUGGAUUUUCUGCUUCCGUGCGCCCGGGACAGCAGCCCCGGCCCCGGAGACGUCGAACGUCGGACUCCAGGGGUUCGAGCCCUGGCCCCGCCGCAUCCUCCAGGCGCGCAGGAAGAGAAGUUAAACUUCUAGAGAAACGUAACAGACAAUCUGCACAACAGGUGGUAACAGAAAGCAAUCCAGAUGGGGUGCAGGUGCUGUAAAAUAAUACAAAGCUAUCUCUUUGAUCCAGUUCAAGUGCCCUCUCCUGGCUAUGUCAAUGAAGUCAACAGCUGCAAGCUAGAUGAAGGUGACACUGUUAAAUUAAAAGGCAAAUGGGGCGGUGAAGUCCUGGUGCAGAAAAAUGACCCUCAGAGGCAGGGCUCAAAGAAGACUGAUAGCAGCAGCAGGACAGCUGAUCCAUGGGAGCCCUGCUGGCCUCACCAAGGUCCGCUCCCGCAGGGGGAUGCUGGAGGGGACCACCAUGCCUGCGGUGUCAACGGCGUUGGCCCUGCUGCUGCCCCACAGCCCACUGGGAAUCCCAGUCCCUCCCAGGAUAACAGGGGCUCCUGGGCCAGUACUACAAAUACUAUUCCCCCAACUCAACCCUUCCUGGAAGGAGGGGGCACUCAGAAACAGGACUGUGUAUUGCUGGCCUCAGAAGAGACCCAGGUCAUGAGAAACAGAGGCUCCAGAGCUCCUUCUGACAUGGAAAGUUGUGCCUUGGAAGUACAAGAAGAGCAUGUCUUCCAGAUACCAGCCCCAGAUUACCCUCAGCAUUGGGGCCCAGCUGGAGGCAACGUUGAUCAUAGUGAAAAGGACCGUGUUUCCAAGAACCAUACUGUGGAGGAGUCCCUAGAGGGAAUUCAGCCCACAGUAGGGGAGCAUGGUUUGAAUACACCCUUCUCCAUGAGGAGAAGCUGGAACUCAUUGAAUAAGGAUGUAGAAACAGAAGAUCUAAGCAUCUGCUUUAGUGUGAAGGGUCCCGCUCAUGUCUUGCCUGUGGUUGACUCGGGAAAUAGGCAGGAGGAUGCGCAUGGCUCCAACGGAGAUGGGGACAGGGAGAUUGUGGACGUGGAUGCAGCGGUGGCAGAGGCCCUGGCGGCUUUAGAAGCUGCUACUGCAGGAGAAGAUUUGGAUGAGGCUGAUUAGGGAAGGGGAUUUGCGCAGGGGGGUAAGCAGUGUCAUGCUGAGCAUGUGGAUGCAUUUGCUCCCCAGAGGCAGAGCAGGUGAUUACGCCAGCAUCCGCCAGUGCAGCCUUACCAGUUGUUUACAUCCAGCACCUGUUCUGAUUGCCAGCAUCUGUCCCACACUGCUUGUCACGUGUCUGGAGUUUCACCCUGUGUAGGUGAGCUGUGGGUCAUUGUGCCCAUAUCCACAGAAAAUGCAGAAAUUGAACAGCCUGCUUGACAACCCUCAAACGUCUCUGAGCACCUGGUACAGAUGUUCAUGAGAAUACGCUAAGAUCUCAACCCUUGAUCCCAAAGGCACACAAUCACAGAGCAUCCCUUUUGAUUGUAAAUUGUUUCCCUUGUUUUUGAGAGCCAAACAUUGUACCCAACCCGGAAAAGGUAACUACCCACUUAAAGUGCCUCAUGUGUCCCCAGAGCAUGGCUUAACCAGAGGGACAAUCACCAGGGAACUAAUAACUAACCAGUUGUUCAACAGUGGGUUAAGCUCAGCAGUUUUCACAGUAGAGCAGAAGUCCCCAGGAAACAAAGGGUUAGUCAUUAGCUGAGAUGUGAUUUUAAAACACCUUGACCUUAACUUUUUUACAUUAUUCCUUUUAAAUCUCCUUUGGGAUUGGGGAGGCUGGCCAAAAUAAGUCUUAAAAUUGCUUGUCUUAUAUUUGGAUUUUAAGUUCAUGACUUUCAGAACAGCAAAGCCAUAUAUGGAAUGCUUUUAUGCCAUUCAAUGUCUGAUUCUAAUUAAAAUGUAACAACGUACGUGUCUUUCUGUCUUAACUCAAAGGUGGUUCUGAUUUUCUCAGACUAUCAGUGACCCUGGGUGUUACUUCCAAUGUGAAGAGCUAAGCUAGGCACAGUGGCUCACGUCUGUAAUCCCAGCAUUUUGGAAGGCUGAGGUGAGAGGAUUGCCAAGGCCAGGAAUUCGAGACCAACCUGGGCAACUUAGUGAGACUUCAUCUCUUUAAAAAAAAAAAAAAAAAAGAUAAAGAGCUACACUACAAAAUUAUACAAGGAAGGGGGCUUUGGCUUUCUCUCCCUUGAGUUAAACUUGAUGCUGUAACUAAAUGUCCUGAUCUUACCUUGAAGACAAAAAAGGCCUUUCUGGAUUUCAGCCUUCUGAUUCCUAGAAACAAGGACAACCAUUAUGACAUAAUUCAAUGGAGAAUUUAAAGGCAUUAAGGAUGCUCAAAACUAUCUAGAAAAUAAUCAACAUGAAGAUGCUUUAGUUUGCCGUUUUGUAACACAGAAUUGAAAUCCAACUGAAUUUCGUUUGAUUUCCAGUUUUGCUACGUGUCCUUAGGCAUGUUACAUAUCCCUUCACUUUGCCCACCUGUGAAGUGAGAAUGAUCAUCGUAUGUGCUUGUAAAGAUUAAAUGAGACAAUGUAAGUGUUUAGCACAGUGCUUGGCACAUUAGGCGCUCAAAGGUGAUGUCUUACUAGUUGAAAACAAUUCCUUUAAGAAAAAUGUUUACAUCCCUACAACUGAAAACUCUAAUACUGGGACGUGUUUAUAAUGUCAUUAUUUCAUUUUGGUAAUGAUUUGAUAUAAAACAUGAUUUCUGAGGCUUCCAGCGCCUUUAAGGAUGGCACCCUUACAAAUGCUUACUGAACAUACGUUACCCUCAGUUUGUUUGGUAUUAUAAUGGCAAGCCAUCACAAGUGACCUCUAUAUACAGGGUCACUCAGAGCCCUUAAAAAGGUAAACUCUUGGCAUUGUUAAUUGCA